AUGCAUGGACAAGGCGGGAUCGACGUCCGCGAAUCCCUGUCUUGUCUCGGAUAUCCCAAGCAGGCCGAAAACUGGAUCGAAGAUGUGACCACGGAUCUGAAGAAAUUCUCUGUGGUAGUUGCUUGGCUCUCGAACGAGCUGAGUUAUGCUACGCAAGGGUCCGUGGACAGAGUGACUUCAUUGGAAGAUGCCGGGGACGAAGAGUCGUUCAAUCUCGAAGUCUCCUCUCUCCUGACCGCCUUGCGCUGUCCUUACGGGAGCCUCGUGAGCGGAGACGUCAAGCAGAGACUGGAAUCGAAGGAAUCGAAGCUCACACUCCUGGCAUUCCUCGCUUCCGAAGUCCAGGCUGCGAGGAUGAUAAAGAAAACAGCGGACGUCAAACGCAUGCGGCGCGAACAAAGUGGUUCGCCACAGAGUCGGAACGCGCUUCUCCUGCUGAAGAGCGUCGGCUUGCCGAUUCCGCGCCGGAAAAUCGACUUGGAUUCAUUCUUCGAGGGCUUACGCGAACGGAUCAAGACUCUCCAGCCUGAACCCCACGAACAAUUGUUCACCGAGAAAUUGACUCCUGCUCAAUGGUCAAGAUUCGAUCGCGUCUAUAAGAAGCUUCUUCAGGACUUCACAAUUCGACGGAUGGCUCUCCUGAAGCGUCUCGAUGUCACCAUACAAUCCUUCGGCUGGUCUUCACGAAUGAAGGAUAAGCAAGAUCAGAUCACUCAGGUCUUCAUGCCCUGCCGACAGAGUCUACUUGUCGAACCGUCGGUGCAAUUAGGGGAUGUCCUCGCUGCUAGACAAGAUGUACUCAUCGUGGAUAAAACAUCGUGUCUCGGCGUUCGGGAAAAAACUCAGACGUCGAUAGCCAAAGUGAUGAUGGGAUCGGUUCCUGAUCGUGGCGGACGAGCGGCUGAGAUGGCCCCUCCUCCACCUGAAAUGCCAUCCUGGUCGAAGCGUCAGGCUCCCUCGUCAGGCAAUCAAGGACCUCGGGGACGAGGUGGCGCGGGUCGAGGAGGCCAAGGCGGCGCAGCAGGUCGAGGGGGUCAAGGAGGCCGUCGGGGUCUAGAGUCGAACUACGGUCAAGCUCACAACCGAGGGAGAGACUCUGGACACCAUCAAGCAGGCAGCCGAGACGGUUAUUACCAGGGUGGUGGCGACGAUUACUAUCGACGCGACAGUCAAUAUCAAGGGAACGGUGGAUAUUAUCGAGAAGACCGCGGUGGUGGCUAUUACGAUGAUGGGCGCAAUCGGCGAGACAGCAGACAGCAGCAGCACGGGGAAUACAAUACGGGUCGAGUUGCCGAUGCUGGUUGGCAGGAGCAUCGUCAUGACGGCCAACGGGGAGGCUACCGGGGAUCCUAUCGAGGGGGUCGAGGCCACAACCAGGGAUAUUGA